AUGGCUGCCAACCCAGCAGCUGCUCGUGUUCGUGAGAACCAACGCCGUUCUCGCGCCCGCCGGAAGGAAUACAUCCAAGACCUCGAAGCCCGGCUCCAGCGAUACGAACGCCAUGGAGUCGACGUCACCAUCGAAGUGCAGACCGCUGCCAGAAAGGUAGCGAGACAGAAUGUCAUGCUGAGAUCGCUGCUGAACUCCUUUGGGGUCACGGACGCAAAGAUAGACGAGUAUCUCGCCUACGCUGAAGAACACAACAGCAGCCCUAGCUCUGCCCCUGAGAAGUGGGUCCCUGCAGCUGCAGCUGCAGCUGCACCAGUAACUUCACCAGCAACGUUACCCGCUACAACAGUGCCAGCAGUGGUACCAGCAGCGGUGCCAGCAACAGCCGUGGGACAACCUUCGCCUGCACCCGUUCACGCAAGUCCUGCACCAUCAAGGUGCUGCCGGCCGAAGCAGGAACCCCGGGAAUGUCCAGCCCCAGUAGUGGCUGAGAGAGUACCCUCUGCAGCACCACAGGCCUGCUCCGCUAGUCCGGCUGACAGCACCACGUCGGAAGCUGAUAUCGCUAAUAAUCCAUCGUCGGACGGUGUGUCCGCCCCCAGCUCGUCUAAACAGUGGAGUGAAGACACGACUCCCUGCGAAGAGGCUGCGAGAAUAAUCGCGAGCAUGCGAGGGGACUGCGAUGAGCAAUCGGUGCGAGAUGAACUGGGAUGCGGAUCAAACAAAACCUGCAUGGUCAACAACAUGACGAUCUUCCAGGUGAUGGAUCGGGGAUGA